AUGACGGGUGAGCCUGUUGCGAGCCGGACGAACGGCCAUGAUGCCCUUGAAGAGAAGCUAGGCCGGCUGUUGAAGAAGCCUGGCGUCAAGGCUAGCAUCGUCCUCGACCGCGCCAGCGGCGCAAUCCUCAAGACGAGCGGCGACGUGUCUGCCCUCCGGACGGCCAAAUCCCGCGACGCCGCGACGGCUGCGUCUUUCUCCAACGAGGUGCCCGCCGCCGAGGAAAGCGAGUCCAAGGGGAUGGAAGACUUUGCCGCCAUGGUCUGGAACUUUGUCGCCACGUCGGACCAGCUGGUACAGGAGGUGGACAAAGAGGACGAACUGCGGCUCCUACGAAUGCGCACCAAGAAGCAGGAGAUUGUCAUUGUACCAGACACCAAGUACCUCCUUACCGUCAUUCACGACACACCAUCGGCCUGA